AUGUGUCUCGACAAGACCGGCGAGCUGGAUGCCAUUGAGCUGUGGCGCCGAUUGCCGCAAGUGGUGAACCAGUUGAGCGUUCGCAACAAAUACCACGUGAUGCCCACUGGAUAUGCCUACGCCCCGGGCCAUGAAUGCGCGGUUAUCUCGCUUGGGAUUGGGAAGGAUGUGGAAGCCGAGCGACAAAUGCUGACGGCCCUUCCGCAUUGUGACUUCUUUGGCGCGGAUCCGGUCAAUGACACGAACGCCGAUCUAUAUCCAGAGGUAGGCCGCUUCUUCAACAUUGCCGUUGGCGCGUCGAACGGGACGAUGAAGGCUGAGAUUUUGGAAG